AUGGAACCGGAAGACGACGAGCUCUCAUCGAUAUCUGUGGAGUCAGUUAUAUCGGACUUCAAUGAUCGGCAAGAUCUAUUUGUGUCAGUCUCAGUCCAGGGAGAGGACAUGAAUGACACAUUGGACCUUACCACGUCUCCAGUGAGUAAAAGUUCCAUUUCAUCGAGACCAGUUGCGCAAAGUCUUUUACGGAAUUCGAACAAUGAGCUGUCGAGGAUAAUCGAGCUGAAAAAGCUUUCACGAAGCGUGAGGACACCUGAAAAAUUGAAGUACGAUGUGAAAAACGGGUCACCUCUGUCAAAACUGAACUGGAUGAAACUGUUAAAUGGGUAUAUUCGCGGUUCACAGAAGCCACUGACGUUUGACGAGUCGGAUUUCCCGCUUUGUCUAAAAACUAAACUGUUGAGCUAUGCUGCCACCAAAGCAUCGCUCUUAUCAAAAUUCUGUGCCGAUUGUUCCACUAUUUUGAACUCCGAAAAGCGAACACCAAUUGUAGUCGAGGGCUUGAUCAUUAACCACCGUGAAGAGCUCCAAGACAGCAAAAUGGCCUCAAACGAAGAGGAGAAGUCUUCGAGGAGAGGGUUUCUCUUUUUUGGUAAGAGGGCCACCAGCUUGAUCAGCUACUCGUCUGCGCUUGAUGAGCUUGUAAGUGUGCUGGAAAGAGUGGAAGUCGAAAGUAUUCCACUGUCCCAUAAGAUCGAACGUUUUGUGAAUCAUUAUUAUAUGUCCUUCAUAGAGAAAGACUACCUGACUUUCGUGCAAGAAAUCGAACAGGAAUCAGAGUUUUUGAUUGACAAUUGGAAAUGCGAGCUCAAAAUCACCAAACAAAAGUCAUAG